AUGUCGGUUCCUACGAUCGUCGUCAAGGGCGACGGCCCCGCGCCGUCCCAGGCCGAUGUCUCGUCCAUUCUCGACACCGUUUUCAAUGCCCAGUCCUCAAAUGCCUCCAUCGAUGCCGCCUACGCCCUCUGCGAACUGUUCCUCAAUUGUCCCGGCGUCGGUUUCCGUGGCUUGAACGCAUACGGCGUCCUCGCCGAGAUCAAGAAGGCUGCUGCCGACAAGAAAAGCGGCCUCCGUCGCGAAAGCGCUCAGAACCUUCUUGGCGCAUUGUUUGAGAAAUUUCCUCCCCGAGAUGCUCCCAGCGAAUACGUUUUCCUGUUGCAAGACGGUGGCAUCCUUGCCUGCGCCCUCGACGCUCUUGCCGACAAGGGCGCAGUCGUUCGCGAUGCCGCACAAUAUGGCCUUGAUGCGCUGUUCGGGCACCUGAGCCCCGAGGCCCUGGUGGUCGGACUUCUGCCCGCGUUGGUUAACUAUUUGUCCAAGAAGACUGGCAAGUGGCAGGGAACUGUCGGCGCUCUGAAAAUGAUGCAGAAGAUGGCGGACAAGGCCAAGCUGUCGAUUGGUGGAACGAAGGAGGAGGCGCUGGAGAAGGAUCUGCUUCGCGAGGCCAUGGGAAACAAGCUCGCGGGCUUGAUUCCCCUCGUCGAGGCUGGCAUGCACGACCUCAAGUCUGAGGUUGAAAAGCAGGCCCUGCAGACCAUGAAGUCGCUUACGGAUCUCCUCACCAACGAUGACGUUGCGCCCCGGAUACCUCUUCUCAUCGAGACCAUGCAGAAGCCAUCUGCGCAGUCUUUGCAGAAGGCUAUUCAUGCCCUUUCUAUGACCACCUUCGUGGCAAUUGUCACAUCGCCAGUUCUCGCGCUCCUCACGCCUUUCCUUGAGAGGUCUCUGAACACCCCUACCACACCACAAGAAGUGCUCAGACAAACAGUUGUCAUUACUGAGAACCUGACAAAACUUGUCCACGAUCCGAUUGAGGCUCGGACUUUCCUUCCCAAGCUCACGCCUGGUGUCAAGAACGUGGCUGAUAGGGCGGCACUUCCCGAGGUUCGUGAGAUCGCGACCAGGGCACUCAACGUCAUGAACAAGGCCAUGGCUGUGGACAAAGACAACGUCGUCGAGCGGACCAAGGGCGAAGAUGUGGGCAAGAUCUUGGAUGCCGAGAUCAAGCGGGCCAACGGUCUGGCGAGUGACCAGGACUUUUACAAGUUACUUAGGUCCUACAUCUGUGACCAGGUCGCUGAGGACGUGAACCACAGGCACGUCACACGCAUUGCUGGAAGGAUUUCACCCUAUCUGCAGUCGAUGAUGAAGUCGCACGAGGCUGUUGCUGCUGCUGUGCAGAAACAUUAUGUCGACGAGGACCACAGGAAAUACGGCGUGCCUGAAAAGGAGGAUGAUGGCGAGGUUGAGAUUGUCAACGCAGACUUCUCCUUGGCCUACGGCGGUAUGCUUCUGCUCUCUCACACCAACUUGCGUCUGCUCAAGGGACACCGUUAUGGUCUUUGUGGUCGUAACGGUGCAGGAAAGUCGACCCUGAUGCGAUCGAUCGCCAACGAGAAGCUCGAGGGCUUCCCUCCGCAGUCAGUCCUGCGUACCUGCUAUGUCGAACAUAACCAGGGCGAAGACGCCGAUAUCAGCAUUCUUGAUUUCAUGGUAAAGGACCCUACCGUUGCCAAGGAGAAUUACACCAGACAAGAGAUCUCAGACGUCCUUGCCGAGUUCGGCUUUACUGCUGGACCAGAGGGCCGUCAAUCCCAAAAGGUCGGGUCCCUUUCCGGUGGUUGGAAGAUGAAGCUGGCUCUGGCACGUGCCAUGCUGCAAAAGGCAGACGUCCUGCUCCUUGACGAACCUACCAACCACCUGGAUGUUGCCAACAUUGCCUGGCUGGAGAACUACCUGAAGACACACCCUGACAUCACAAGUCUUAUCGUUUCUCACGACUCCAAGUUCCUUGACGAGGUCACGACAGACAUCUACCACUACGAGCCCGGCAAGAAGCUUGGUCACUACAAGGGCAACCUUUCCGACUUUGUUAAGAUCCGCCCCGAGGCCAAGAGCUACUACACCUUGUCGGCAAGCAACGUCCAGUUUAAGUUCCCCCCGCCGGGAAUUCUUUCUGGCAUCAAAUCAAUGACUCGCGCAGUCAUUCGCAUGACCAACGUCUCGUACACCUACCCUGGAGCGCCAAAGCCAUCGCUGAGUGACGUAUCUUGCCAGCUUACGCUAUCCUCACGCGUCGCCAUCAUCGGCGCCAACGGUGCAGGCAAGUCCACGCUCAUCAAGCUGCUGACGGGCGAGGUCAUCCCCAACUCGGGCAAGGUCGAGAAGCACCCCAACCUGCGAAUCGGCUACAUCAAGCAGCAUGCCCUGGAGCAUGUAGAGAUGCAUCUCGAGAAGACCCCCAACCAGUACCUGCAAUGGCGCUACCAGCACGGCGAUGACCGCGAAGUGCACAUGAAGCAGACCCGUGUCCUGUCCGAAGAGGACCGCAAGCAGAUGGAGAAGCCUGUUGAUCUGGGCGACGGCAAAGGCCCCAGGCAGCUCGAAGCCCUGGUCGGACGUCAGAAGUACAAGAAGACGUUUCAAUAUGAAGUUAAAUGGAAGGCCAUGCUUCCCAAGUACAACUCACAGAUCUCUCGUGAGACCCUGAUCGAGCUUGGAUUCAACAAGCUGGUUCAGGAGUUUGACGAUCACGAGGCGUCACGUGAAGGUUUGGGAUACCGUGAGCUCCAGCCGGCUGUCAUCUCAAAGCACUUUGAGGACCUCGGCUUGGACCCUGAGAUUGCCAACCACAACGAGAUCGGCUCGCUCUCCGGUGGGCAGAAGGUCAAGGUGGUGAUUGCGGGUGCCAUGUGGAACAACCCUCACCUGCUGGUUCUUGACGAACCGACUAACUUCUUGGACCGCGACUCGCUUGGAGGUCUUGCUGUUGCCAUCCGUGAGUUCAAGGGUGGUGUCGUCAUGAUCUCCCACAACGACGAGUUCGUCGGCGCGCUCUCGUCGGAGCAGUGGCACGUUGCCGACGGCAGGGUUGCCCACCGGGGUCACAACGCCAUCGCCCUUGAUCGUUUCGAGGACUCACGCCCGGGCUCUGGUGUGACCAGCGGUGCGGCAACGCCCAACGGUUUCGCCAGCAGCGUCGUGUCAAGCGCCAUGAACAGUGCGAUGAACAGUGCCGUCAACAGUGGCGCCGAGGACAACGGCGGCGAGCUCAAGUUCAAGGCCAAGAAGAAGAAGAAGAAGACGAAGAAGGAGCUCAAGGAGCAGGAGGUUCGCAGGCGACUGAGGCAUAUUGAGUGGCUCAACAGCCCCAAGGGCACGCCGCAUCCUCCGGACACGGAUGACGAGGCCGACUAA